CAGGGAGAGUGAAACUCGUUUCCCCGGAAGUGAGCAAUUGACCAACUAGCAGGAUGGCCUCGCUGCACCAGAAGCGUCCCAGCAUCAGCAACUGGUUCUCCUCGCUGCGGCGGCAGCCCAAGAACUCCAAGAAGAGCUCCUCUGGCCUCGGAGGCAGUGGAAGCUUUGGCAGCAAGCAGCAGUUGCAGCGGAGCUGCUUCGACCUUUCCUCCACGGCGGCGGGGGGUGGUGGGGGUGUGAAUGUGGGCGUGGGCGUGGGAUUCUCCACGAAGGGAUCGCCCGGCAGCCGCCUGAGCAACAGCACCUUCUACAUCAACCCCCUGAAUGCAUCUUCUGCCGGCGGCAAGGACGAUCGCCGUCGUCUGGUGGAAACGGGCAGCAGCAGUAGCGGCAGCAGCCUAAGCAGCGUUUGCACGCGCUGCUUUUGCAAUCUGCUCACCAAGAGUGAGGCCAGCAAGGAGUCCACGCCCAAGGGCGCCCCCAAGGUCACGCCAAAGCCGCCCGUGAAGCCCCGCUCCCCCUCGCUGGCGCCCUACACCAGCGUGGCCACGUACAACAUCACGAACCUGUCGCCGGACAGCCCACCGCCCGCCAGCCCCACGCUGAGCACCGAAACCGUAACCUGCAACGACGUGACCCGCAAGGUCACCGAGGUGCAGCGCCUGCCCUGCCCCGAUGAGCCCAACGCGGCGAUCCUUAGCAAGCGAACGGAGUACAAGCACACCACCACCACGACGACGACCAGGACCCUGAUCGUUUCGCGACCCGUGGAACUGCUACUCAAUGAGAAGGGAGAGAUAAUCUCAAGGCGAUCCCCGCGAAAAACACGCUCCAACUCGCUGGGUUGCAUGCUCGAUGUGGAGGAUAGUGAAACGGAAAUGGGAUUGGGAUUGGAAAUGGGCAUGGACAAUCCCGGACUGCAGCUGGAAACGGAUCCCAGUUCGGGGCUCAGUUCACCGCUGACACCCGAUACCGGCGAUCUGCGCUUCAUCGACGACAGCUCCAAUUCGCAGAGCGAAUCCGAGCGAAACUCAAUCAGCCACCACCACCAGAACAACAACAACAAUAAUGAGAAUCACAACAAUAACAACAGCAGCAGCGGCGGCAGCAAAAGGGGCAGCCAGCAAUCGAAUCUCUGCGAGAGUUGUCGCACACUCCUCGAGCGAAACCGCAGCAAUGCGGAGCAGAGUGGCAAUCUGGUCAUCCUCAGGCGACCAGGAAAGCAAAUCAAAGAUGAGUUGUGCGAGGUUGUCUCGGAAAUGGAGGCGCUCGAUGUGCCCGAAGACUGCAAGCAUUCCAACAAGGAUAAGCAGAUGUCCAUUGGCCGCAAAAAGUUCAAUAUGGAUCCGAAAAAAGGCAUUGAGUAUCUCGUAGAGAACAGACUGCUGCGUCACGAUCCCCAGGACGUGGCACAUUUCCUCUACAAGGGCGAGGGACUGAAUAAAACGGCCAUUGGCGAUUACCUUGGCGAAAAGAACGAUUUUAAUGAGGAUGUGCUGAAAGCCUUUGUGGCGCUCCACGACUUCACCAAUCUCAUUCUGGUGCAAGCCCUCAGACAAUUUUUGUGGUCAUUUCGCUUGCCCGGCGAGGCGCAAAAGAUCGACCGCAUGAUGGAGACCUUCGCCCAGCGCUAUUGCCAACUGAAUCCGGAUAUAUUCACCAACACGGACACCUGCUACGUGCUCAGCUUCGCCAUUAUAAUGCUCAAUACAUCGCUGCACAAUCCAUCGGUUAAAGACAAACCCACCGUUGAGCAGUUCAUAUCGAUGAAUCGUGGUAUCAACAACGGCGGAGAUUUGCCCCGCGGCCUGCUGGAGUCCCUCUACGAGUCCAUUCGGACGGAGCCAUUCAAAAUACCCCAGGACGAUGGCAAUGAUCUGAUGCACACCUUCUUCAAUCCCGACAAGGAGGGCUGGCUGUGGAAGCAAGGCGGCAGAUACAAAUCGUGGAAACGACGCUGGUUCAUUUUGAACGACAAUUGCCUAUACUAUUUUGAAUACACCACCGAUAAGGAGCCGCGUGGCAUUAUACCCCUGGAGAACAUAUCGGUGCGCGAGAUUCACGAUCGCAGCAAACCGCACUGCUUUGAGCUGUUUGCCACUGGCGGUGCUGACAUCAUCAAGGCAUGCAAGACUGACUCCGAGGGCAAAGUGGUAGAGGGCAAGCAUACGGUGUACCGCAUGUCCGCUGCCACGGAGGAAGACCAGCAGGAGUGGAUCAAGCGCCUGACGCAGUCCAUCAGCCACAAUCCGUUCUAUGACAUCCUAGUACAAAGAAAGAAAAAGGCGCUCAGCAAGAGUUAAUAUUAAGAAGGAGCUCGGCGCAACUUUUGUCUUGGAUCUCAGUGAAACUCUGCUACGCGUGUGUGGCUGCUCUCUCCCCCUAUUUAAACAAGUGCAUAUGCAUAUACCUAAAUUAUAUAAUUAUACGUUGUGUGUGUGUGAGAAUUUUUAUGUUGAAGCAAUGCCUCUAAUUUGUUCACCUUGUGGCUUGCCCCAAUCCCCAAUUAUGUCUUUGUAUUCUGUUUGAUUGACUCGAAACAAGCCAUCACACGCCGACGCACUCCGAACCACAAACUUUGUCUCUAUUGUUGUGAUAUAAUUUAUUUACAUUAAGCUCAACCAAUAUGAAUAAUGAAUAAUAUGAAAGAUAACUGAAAA